UUUCAACAGCAGCAACAGUUAGUCAGACACCUCGGUAGCUUGCUAGACUAAAUACCCGAACCAAUAAAGCUCUUUAGACGCUUUAGUGUAUAUUACCCACUGCAUUUUUAACCCACUUCUGUCGUCUAGUUAGUUAUCCGAUUUCAUUUAAUAUUUACGGUGUUGUUGUUAUUAGUCAGCUAGCGGGCUGGUUUCGUUAGCAUUAGCCUAGCUAGCGAACAUCUCCGACCAUGAGUUCACCAAGCUACUCUCCUGAUAAAGAAGAGGCGGUCUGCUGGACGGAGAAAGAAGCUCUGGUGAAAGAGGAGGAGGAAGAGGAGGCUGUUUCAAUACAAAAACAAGUAGAUGGUGAGGCUGUUUCCGUGAAAGAAGAAGAGCAAGACGUUAGAGUGAAAGAAGAGGAAGACGCGUUCAGAGUGAAAGAGGAGGAGGAUGUUACAGUAAAAGAAGAGAAAGAGGAUGAUGCAGUUUUUGGAGUGAAAGAGGAGGAGGAGAUGACUGUCACAUCCAAAAAAGAGGAGGAAGGAGAGGAGGAAACUGGACAUCUGGGCCCGGUUUCCCAAACGCAUCUUAAAGCAUCCAAUGGUUCUAACGGUGAACUUAGCCGUAAGAUGCUUUUGAGAAACCGUUCCCUGAUUAACACUAGAGAGAGAAGUGAUUAUUGUGGAUCCUCUGGGGAGCCUCAACAACCUCAUAAUGCUGACGAGGCAGAGAAAAGUAUCUUCAGAUCAGAACACAUCAAGAAACACCAGCAGAGACCCACAGGGAAGAAACCUCACCACUGCUCUGACUGUGGGAAGAGUUACUUAAGAUCAAAUUCACUGAAAGUACACCUGAGAAUACACACUAGAGAGAAACUUCACUGCUGCUCUGACUGCGGGAAGAGAUUCACCUCUUCAGUAGACCUUAAAAUACAUCAGAGAAUUCACACUGGAGAGAAACCUUAUGGCUGUGAUCAAUGUGGGAAAAGUUUUACUCAGCCAAGCAACCUGAAAUCACACCAAAGAAUACACACAGGAGAGAAACCAUUUAGCUGUAAUCAAUGUGGUAAGAGUUUUAUUCAGUCAAGCAGCCUGAUAGUGCACCAGAGAACACACACAGGAGAGAAAUGUUAUAGCUGUAAUUAUUGUGGGAAGAGUUUCACUCAGUCAAGCAGCCUGAUAGUGCACCAGAGAACACACACGGGAGAGAAGCCAUAUGACUGUCCUCAAUGUGGGAAGAGUUUUGUUACAUCUGGCAGUCUGAAGACACACCAGAGAACACACACGGGAGAGAAACCUUAUAGCUGUGAUCAAUGUGGGAAGAGUUUUACUCAGCCAAACAGCCUGAUAGUACAUUUGCGAACACACACAGGAGAGAAAUCUUAUAGCUGUGAUCAAUGUGAUAAGAGAUUCUCUGAUAAAAGAUUUCUGAUCAAACAUCAGAAAAUACAUACAUAAAGGAGUUGUUUCAUGAUAUCAAUGAAAUAAUGUCACAAUGUGGAAUGUUUUUUAAAAUGUAGAAGGAAUAUUUUAAUGAAUGUCACAAUAUAGAACCCUAAGUGCCCCCUGUUUAUUUGACUUUUAGCAUGAUUUUUAGCCUCAGGGGAAAAAAUCCAGCUCUGAAUUGAGAGUACUAUUUAUGAGAUUUAACAAAACGUGUUGUGUAACACCAUGUUUGCCACCCUCUUGAAUCAAAACGGUAAACUUCAAAAUGUAGCUGACUGUCUUAUUCAGGUUGUCCUCUAACCAGUGAGGUAAAAUAUAUCUCCCAUUUCCAUGUGUUUUUUUAAUUGUGUUAGUUUCAACAGCACAUACAACUGAUUUCCCUCCUAAUCGAUAUCGGUGAUUUAUUGCUACUUGUCAAAACAACAGCGUUUCUGGUGCUUGUGCAGUUUUUAUGGUGCUUCUAUGAUUAUUGUGGCAGAUAUGUGUUUAUUUUUUUAUUUAACCUUUAUUUAACCAGGUAGGCUAGUUGAGAACAAGAUAAAGGAAAGCAGUGUGACACAGACAACACAGAGUUACACAUGGAGUAAACAAUAAACAAGCCAAUAACACAAUAAACAAGUCAAUGACACAGUAGAAAAAAGAAAGUCUAUAUACAGUGUGUGCCAAAGGCAUGAGGAGGUAGGAGCGAAUAAUUACAAUUUAGCAGAUUAACACUGGAGUGAUAAAUGAGCAGAUGAUGAUGUGCAAAAGAAAAUGUAAAUAGCACAUUUUAUGUUGAGGUUUUCAAUAUAUCACAAACUGUUUCUGCAUUUUGGUUAUUGAUUUGGACACUUUAAAACUAUGUUUUGACAUUGGGCUAUCCCAUCUCGCAAAAUGUUGUUGAAAAGAAGACAAGGCCCGACAUUCAAUAUACGUUCGGUUAUAGUUGAAAAUAUGUAUUUCCAGGUCGUUUUUUCAAUGACUUGAAAACAUAUUAAUUUCAACUUACUUGCAGCCUAUACACAUGGACGCAGUAUAAUAAAUUGGUCUAUAAUCAAUGUAUUAACAAUUUUAGGAGAGUUCUAGAUGCGAGUGAGUUUAAAAAACAAGAUUGUAGAAAAAUAUAUAUUUAGAAAUACAUGCUUUUAAUUGUUGGAAGCCAGUAGACGCCAUGUUUAUAUUGUAGAAAGUGAAUCAUGUCAAAUGGAAGCUGUUUUCUGUUGGUGGUGAGCAAACUUGUCCAACAAAAAUAUAGGAUAUAUUUGUUGUCUUGACGGGGGAGGUGUUACAGGCUUUGGUUUUUCCAUUUAUGUUUUGAGGUUGGACUGUAGCACAUAUAGCUCGUUAGCACGUAGGGCGCACUGAUUGGUGUCACCUCGUUAGUCAGUAUGUGUUACACCUGUGCUGGCUUGUCCAUCUCGUUAUGGUUGAAUAUUGCAUCCAAUUGUUAAUAUUUUAAUCAAUGGAUUUUCCUCAGGAUGCUCAUUAGUCUUUCAGUUGUUAUUCUUCAGUUUUUUAUCGUCUUAUGUUUGUUGUGUUGUAAAUAUUUCUGUUUAUUUUCUUUGUUUUGUAUACAUGUUUUCCUCUGAAGUCAUUGUGUUGCAUCCAUGUCUGAAAUGUGCUGUAUAAAUAAAGCAUGUUUUGAUAUUGUAAAA